AUCUUGGACUUGUCGAUUCCUCUUUGAAGGAACGAAGUGAGAAAUGAGCUGAACUUAAUUAUGAGCAGGAACGCCGUUCUUGUGUAAAGAACGUUUCUGAAGUCAUAAGGAUUUGCCUGGGGAGAACGACGAUGUCCUUGGAGCGCCAAAGCAAGCGAAGCAAAUUCCUCCUGCUACAAGAAUGUUACGGUAAAAAGAUCACCGAUGCGGAGUCCCGCCCCCCGCGUGGAGCCCCGCCCUCAGCUUUGGACACCGAAGUUCAGCUUGUGCCGGGCAGCUUGCUCCAGGAGAUCCGCGAAGUCUCGCCCAGCCAGCCGGAAGACCCUUCUCUUUGCGCCCAGUCCCUGGACCACGAGGGCGUGUUCCUGCUGUGUGGGCGGAACGAGGUGUCCCGUGAGCUGAGCCACUUCGAAGUGGAGGUGCUCGGUCCCAUCAGCCCCGUGCGGGAUCGGUUGCGGGUGUUGACCGACGGGGUGUGGCUAAAAGAAGCCUCCAUGAUCGUGGAAGGUAGUAAUGUCAACGUGGAUUUGGGAGCCGACCACCUUGAGCCAGUUGAAGGAAUCGUGCGCUACUGUGGCACCGUGCCGGAACUUGGGAAAGGCACGCUCUAUGGUGUCGAGUUGCUGGCGCACCCCGAGCACGGCGUCUGUGAUGGCAGUAUCCAGGGCAGGCGGUACUUCCAGUGCGCCAGCAACAACGCUAUCUUCGUUGGUAUCAACAGGCUCCGGCUGCAUCUGAGGGGUUACAAAGACACACAUCUCACCAGGACGAACAGCACCAAUAGCAGCACAGGUGGAGCUUUGCCUUCCAGCAAGCCCCAUCCCCUGUCGCUAGAAGCCGCUUGCUCGGAUGGAACCCCGCCCCCUCCGCUGCAGCUGGGCGACCGGGUCGUGUGGAUCAGCGAUUCCGGGCCAGAGUAUGGGGAGGUACGGUGGCUUGGCAAGCUGCUGGACGUUGGCAAUGACUGGAUGGUUGGCGUCGAGUUCGACAAUCCAGUUGGAACAGGAACGGGCAAAUAUAACGAUCAUCAGUUGUUUGAAGCUAAAUUAAACCAUGCCUCCUUAGUACCCAUUAUUGGCUUGAUGAAAGCAGAUGACUUUUUGGGCGAUAAAUCUUUUGGUUCUCCCUUUGGCACCUUGCCCAAGACUUCUAGAAAAAAGAAACCUGGAGAGUCAUCUGGAUCAGUAUUUGUAGAAAGAGUCGCUCUAGUUGAUGAGAAUACUCUAGGCACCUGUGGCAGAGGAAAUUUUACUAAGAAUAGUCCUGGUACUAAGAGGAAGCUCACUCUAUCCAAUUCUGCACCCACUGACGACCUGUCCAAUUCCCCCUCCUGCCGAAGUCCCGAAUUUCUCAAUUCUCAUUUAGGGCUCGAUGCUGACGAAAAUUGCACUGUCAACCCUUUAUAUGAAAUGUUAACUGAAAAAACUAUCCCAUCCAACCAUAAAUCAGGCAUUACAAGACUUGACGAGACUAACACCAUGACCUCUGCAUCUGGGAUAAAUAGAAAAUUAAGUAGCACCAUAUCAUCUCGGCAUUCUGGGCCCGAAGGGGCUGAACUUGAAGUUGGUUCCCUGGUAGAAGUUCUUAUAAAUAGCACUCCUUGCUAUGGAGUUAUUCGGUGGAUUGGUGAAAUACCAGAGGCAAGAGGAAAGUUAGUGGCAGGGAUUGAAAUGGAAGAAGAAAGUUCAAGCUGCACUGAUGGGACUUUUAAUGGAAAGCGCUAUUUCACCUGUCCAUCAAGAAAAGCAUUUUUCGUCCGCUUAAGUCACUGCCGUAAGGAUAGUCGGUUUUUAGAAUCCGAGAAAAGAAAAAGUGCUGUGUUUGGCAGCAUUGAUUGUCCAUCCAUUACUGGUGAUGUCCCCCCUUUGUCAAGUCCCGAAGACAUGAAGCUUCUGUAUGGCAAAAACCGUGGCAUUCAAGGACACCACAAUUCCUGUUAUCUAGAUGCUACUCUUUUUGCCAUGUUCUCUUGCACCAGUGUCUUCGAUUCUAUUCUCCACAGGCCUAAAAAUAGUGAUGACAUUGUCGAAUAUGAUGAAGUUCAAAGGAUACUUAAAGAAGAAAUUGUUAACCCUUUAAGAGCAAACUUUUAUGUUCGAGCUGAUCGUGUUAUGGAACUAAGAAAAAGAUUAGAAAGGCUAAGUUCUGUUAGAGGUCUAACCUCCGAAGAAAAAGAUCCUGAGGAGUUUUUGAAUUCUUUACUUAAUCAAAUACUAAGAGCAGAACCUUUUUUAAAACUAAGUUCUGGUCAAGAAUCCUAUUUCUACCAAUUGUUUGUCGAAAAAGAUGAAAAAUUAGUUUUACCCACUGUUCAGCAGUUAUUUGAUCAGUCUUUUUUAGCAUCUGAUAUUAAAUUAGCAGAAGUUCCACCUUGUUUGCUUAUUCAAAUGCCAAGGUUUGGUAAGCAGUUCAAGAUGUAUCCUAGAAUAAUACCUAGCCAGUAUUUAGAUAUAACUGAUGUCUUAGAAGACUCUCCUCGCCAAUGUAGUAUCUGUGGUCAAGUUGCUGAAUAUGAAUGUAAAGAAUGUUAUGGUCAGUUUGGAGAAGGAUUGGACAGUAUUGCAUUUUGCCAAAAGUGCAUGGACAAAAGUCACAGCCACAAGAAAAGGACGCGUCAUCGUAGUGUUAAAUUAAGUAUUCCUCCAGAAUUCCGAAUGCUUAAAGAUCACACUCCAGUCCCAAGAAUUUACAUGGAGCUUUUUGCAGUUGUAUGCAUUGAAACAAGUCAUUAUGUAUGCUUUGUCAAAUGUGGCAGUGGACCAGAUGCCCCUUGGUGUUUCUUUGACAGUAUGGCAGAUCGAAAAGGUGAACAGAAUGGUUAUAAUAUCCCUGAAGUGGUGCCUUUUACAGAUCUCCGUUGGUGGCUUUCGGAGGAAGGGAUGAAUUUCUUGCUGUCAAACAAGGAGGACAAAGUCUUGCCAGAAAUUACUAGGAGACUGCUCUGUGAUGCUUAUAUGUGCAUGUAUCAAAGCCCUGAUGUUAUGAUGUAUCGAUAAAAGUGAUAGUUCUAUCUUUCUAAUUUAAGUAGCUACUUAAUUAACCUUAAGCUGAAUCGGUGCUUCUCAAACUGAGGACGACAUCAUCGAAAAGUGACUCUGCUUUAAAUGUCUUGUGUUUUUCUCUGUCAUGAUGGUAGCAUGAUACUAGUGUGCCAAAAUGUGCAAUGAGCACUGUGUAUUUAUUGCAUUACAAGUAACACUGUCAUAGUGAAAAAAUGCACAGGUAUUUUAAUUUAUCAAAGAUGAAAUUUAAAGUAAAAUAAGAAAAAACAACAUAAAAUUGCACAACAGUUUUUUUUUCAACCCGACCACACGUGGAUCUGUGCCUAAGAACGUACAGACACCCGAAAUAUCCAUUUUGACGAUCCCCGAGUUAAUUACAACGAGAUUUCUUGUGACAUCUGUAUGUACGUAUGUAUUUGCGUAUGUGUGUAUGUAUCUCGCAUAACUCAAGAACGGUAUGUUGUAGAAAGUUGAAAUUUGGUAGGUGGACUCCUAGUGGGGUCUAAUUGUGCAUCUUCCUUUUUGGUUGCAUUCGGAUGCUCCAAAGGGGGUCUUUUUCCCCUUUUUGGGGGGGAAAUCAUUGUUAAAUUCGAUGUAAACUCAAGUGGUGUUAUAAUGUGGUGGACACUUGGCAAUAUAUCGCCAGUCUUUUGGUCGCCAAGUUUUGUCGCCAACUUGGCGAUUUGGCGAUUUUUUUUAAUUUCUUUUUUUUUUUUAAUCUGGUUUCAGUUUGGCCACUGUUGUCGAUAUUUAGAGGGUAAACUAUUGAAUCAUAUUAAAACUGGCAAUAAUGAGAAAAUGACAUUAAAUUGGAGUAAAAGAAAGUCAUGUGAUGCCACACAUCAGCUCGUUUGAUGGAAAAUAAGUGAGCUAAUGGAUGAAAAAGCAUUGAGCAAAAGUGAUUCAAAAGCUUUUCAUCCAUAAGCUCACUUAUUUUGCAUUGAAAAAGGAGUUCCUUGUAACCCUGAAACACAUGUCUGCAGUAAUCUGUAAUUUUGUGUAAUCUUACCUUGUUUUUUUCUUAUUUUACUUUUCAAGCACAAAAGUAUUUAUUCAACUUUAUGAAACUUAAAUUUAGUGUUAAACAAAGUGCUGCAAACUAGAAUUAAGAUGCAUAAAAUUUCCAAACAUCAGAGCACUGCUCUGACGUUUGAAAAUUUCAUCUGUCUUAAUUUGUGUUAGUUUGAUUUGCAUGAAGAACCGAAAAGUUGUGAUUGAUCAAUGAAGUGAAAAGUUAUGACUUGAAUUUCAGAAAAUUAUGAAGGAAUGUAAGCAACUACAAAUAUUAAAGAUAAACCUUUCAAAUUUUGCUUCACUGUUUUAAAUUAAUAUUUUCCUCUUUUUUUCUGGAAACCGUUUAGUUGUCGUUGUUAUGGUUUGUUAGAUUUUUUUUAAAUCCAUAAAUGUAUUUAAAUUUGAGAUAGACGAGGGAUUACUUUUUGAAUGAUGUUUUUUUUCAAUUUGAACAACAUUUGCCAGUUCUUGAAUGGUGCUCUUGGGCAAAAACACUGAUUGCUGAUUAAAAAAUGCAUGGUGCCCAGUGGCGCACACAGAAAUUUUGCAAGGGGAGGAUCCAUAGUUAAAAGUCCCAUUUUCAUAUCAUACUCCAAUAUGCCGUCAAACAUAUUGACUUGAUUUUAUUGAUUCUUGAGAACAAAAACAGUAAAAAAUAAAUUAUUGAAUAAAUAAUUAGCACUAAUUAAUAAAAAAAUUUAGUAACAGAUACUUAAAUUACCAGAAAGCAAAUGAAUUUAUGCAAUGUAUUUACUUUUAUCAUUGUUCAUAAAUGGAAAGAGAUGCCCAAAUUCAAGUAUAAGAAGCAUCAAGUCUAAAGAACAAGAAAAAUCUAAUUUUAACCUGUAAUUACAAAACUAAAAACAUUAUUAUUACUCUGUUUCCAUUUACAGUCACCCUUAGUCUGCCUCUAUAGGUUUACAAAACAUCUUAGAAUAAAAUUUAGUUUUCUAGUUCAUUUUUCGAUUUUAUUUAUAACUUCCUCAGUGUGUGAUGGUGACAUUGCUUGAAUUCAUCAGUACAAGAACAUAUUAAACGUUCAUUACACAUAGUACUAUUUAAGUAUGUUUUUAGCCUUCUCAAGGUCGAGAAAGAUCUCUCGCUUGUGCAAUUCGUUACAAGAAAUGUACAUUUUCUAAAAAAUCUUUUUACAAGAGGAUUUUUUUCCCUAUUAUUAGAACUGAAAUUCUUGUUUUCUUUGUUUGGAAAUAUUUUGUGUAUCAGGUACAUAGAAUCAUAAUCAGUUGAAAUAAGAAAAAUGCAAGAACUAUGGGAGGGGUCCGGACCCCCUGGACCUGUGUGGGCCACUGAUGGUGCCAGAAGUUUGGGAAGCACCCAGCUAACAAGUCAGGGCUGGACCCUGAUUUUAAACAUUCUUUUAUCUACCUACUUAAAAGUGUUUAAAUUCAGAAACAUUUAUUUUCAACCUGACUGUGGUCAACUCAAGUUGUGAACAAAACAUGUUAGUAAUGUGUGCCGUCCUAUUUUGGAGGUGAGGAGUGGAGCUAAGGCAUAGAUGAACGAUUUUUGUACAUAAAGACCAUUAUUUUGGUAUAACUUACAGUGUUUGUGACAUUAUAAUAUACAUUAUACUUUGUUGAAGAGAGUGAAUCACAUGGCAAAAGCAAAAUAUUUUAAUUUAUUUAUUAAAUAUAACUUAGACCAGCGAUUAUCAACCGGUAAUUUCGCGGACCGGCACCGAUCCCUAAAAAAAUUUGGCCGCUCCUCAAAGAUUUUUUGCUUGUCGGCGUUUAAAAAAAAAAAAAAAAAAAAUCCUGAAAUCCGGACUUUAAAAAAGAAAAAGAAAGAAACAAGGAAAGAAAACACCAAAUCAAUAAUAUCCUAUCCAACAUUUUUUGCUUGAAUUUUAUGAUUAAUUUUUGUAAUUUUUAAUGAUUUUUUCCAAUGUUUAUUACUCAUGUACAAAUAUUACUAUAAUUACUUAUCUUUUUCUUAACUUUUAAAGAUUUUUGUAAGAAUACUUUAAUAUCAAGUUAAGUUUUAUUCAUAUAUUUAUCAAUUCAUCUAUUAUCAUUAUUUUGUUAAAAAAGGAAAACCUCAGCCGUUUUCAAAUAUUUUAAGAGCUUUUUAUGGUCCGCUAGGCAAAAGGUUUUUUUCUUUUUUUGUGAAAAAAAAAAAAAAAAGAAAAUGGGAUGAAACCUCACAGGUCUGCAAAAAAAGUUAAACAAGAUUUCUAGUUGUAUUUGAAGUAUCAUUCUUUUGUAAUUCGCCAUUUAUUUAUUUAUUUUAAGGCGUUUGAUGUAUAUAUAUCAUUGGGACUUUUUUUCAGUGCUUCUCAGUUUAGAAGGUAGAAGCAAAAAAGAAAAGAAAAAAAAACGAGUCUCUCUAAAAUAUAUGCCAAUAAGGACAUGAAAAAAUAGUAGUUGUGGGUAUUGAAUAUGGGUAGCAAUUGAAGCUCGCAUAAUCCCAGAGAUUUGCUUAUGAAUGUGGUUGCUUUUUUUUAAUUUAUAAAGUAAUCUAAAUAAACUUCUCUACAUAAAAAAAUGUAGUGUCCUCAAUUGUGCAUGUUUGUAUUCGUAUAUCCUUUGACAUUAUUGAUCUUAGUUUUUAUAAGCUGUGAUAAAAGUGAGUAUUUUAACAUAUUUAUCAAUUUCUUGUAAAAUUGAUGAAAGCAAAAAAGUAAUUAGAUCAACUGAAAGCAAGUCAAACACUUCCAAAAUAAAUGCAUCCCUUUGAUUAAGUAUAAAAUAGUUUCGCUGUAUAAUGUAUAUAAAAAUAUAUUAAUAUCUAUAAUAUAUUACUAAUUUAUGAAAUAUAUAUCAUAUGAUGAUAAGAGUAGCAAGACUGCUAUUUUUAUACCGCACAUUACUUUUAAUUUUAUCAUUUUUACAAUUAAUUUAUUUAUUUACUUUUUAUAACUUUGUGUGUCUCACUUCAGUAAGGUGUUUUAUGCACUUUCUUACAUUUUUAGACCUAGUUUAGAGUUUUACAUUUAUAUUUUCAGUUUUAAAAGAAAUAUGAAAUAAUUGUUUAUCUCAUUUGUUUAGUUUCUAUGAAUAUUGCUAAGAAGUGUUGUAUUUUUCUGUGAAAAGUAUUCAUAUUAAAUCUGUAAAUUUUCUGUUUAGUAAGGAACUGAAGCAUUAGUGAAAAGUAUGAGAUUUUUUAUGUGUUAAAAGACUUCAACAAGUGUAAUUUUGUAGAUAUUCAUCAAAGAAAUUUACUCAUAUUAAACAUUCUUGUUUUAAACCGUUCAAAUGUUCAUGACUAUACUUAUAAAUAACAUUCUAAUUCACUUGCAAUAUUCAAAAUUAAGACAAAAAAUCAGGAACAUGUCUUGAAAUUGGUUUUUUAAGUUUUGGCAUUAUAAACCCAAAACUAAAAUUAUUAAACAGGGAGAGAGUUAUACUAUCGGUUUGGUUAUCUUCAAAAAUGACAAUUAUUUAAGAACCAACCAAGAUAUAUUGCUUUUUGAAGGCAAAUCCAUUUAUAAUAAUUGGCAAACUCUGCUGAUUAUGUUUAAGUCAUUCUGAUUAAGUGUUAGAGAAGGAUAUUAGUUUGAUUUCUGUUCAUGUUUGGCUCAAAACACAGCUGUGUAAAUUAACUGGUGUACUGGACUGUAUGUGUAAUUACUCCGCCGUCUCCAGUUUUAAUACAUAAAAAUUACACUAUGUUUUUCUAGCAUAGCAGCACAAAUGUUGUUAUGUUAUAGGAAAAUAAAUUCCCCCAUUUAAAAACUGAUUACUUAAUGAUUAAGAGUGAAUUACUAAAGUGAAUAACCAAAAAGAAUUUGAUGAAUAUCCUUUUCAGCUCCAUGUUCAGUUGCUUAAAAGAUUAAAAGAAAGAAGAUGAAAAUUGCUUAAAAGACAUGUCUGUCUGUAAAUGAAAAGCAGAUUUUCUGACAAAAUAAACAGUCAGAAAAUUUUAUUCAAAAAUGUGGACAGAAGGAAUCAAAUAUGUGGUAUAUAAUUAAUUAAUAUUCAUUUAACUAAACAAUUUCAAUGAGUAUUGCUUUUUUAAAUCAUAUAUAUUAUUUUAAAAAAUCAAAAUAUUCUUAAUAUUUUGCUGCAUUUUUUUUUUUUUUUUUUUUUUUGAUAUGGUAAUAAGAUUAAAUUUUGUGAACUUUCAAAUCUGUGAAGGAAAUUUUUGUUGUUUUCACCAAUAAUUGAAUAAAGCACAAAUUGUGAAGGAAACGUUUCAAAUAGCUAUUUCAAAGCAACAGUGGCAAGCUAUCAUUAAUACAAGAUCACUCAACACCAGGUCUGCGAAGUCAUGGGGUAAAGGGGUUGUGAGACUAAGGUUUAAAAUUCUAAUAGUCAGAGUUUGUUAUUUACCCUCAAAGUCUGAAACCUUGCCAGUGCUUGCAGAGUUGGAAUCAGACUGAUUUUGGGGUAAAGGAGUCUAACAAGGAGAUGGCACGACCGUGGGGUCGGAGAUUUGCGUCAAUUUUUCUUGUGGUGAAAGAGGACGGCUAGUACCUUACGUGGUUAAAGUA